AUGCCGAGAUUUUAUUUCCUGUUGUUUGUCUCAUCAGCGCAUGGUCAUGACGGUGCUUUCUGGUCCCCCUUGCAUGGCUUCAAAGAUAAGGGCCAGCGACGGCGUCAAAAUCAAGCCCAGACGCUUGGUGAAAAGGUAGCAACUACUGGAUCCGAACCGACACUGACAAUCCUCUGUCCUCUCUCCCAGCAGGAACCCAAGCAAAUCUUAGGAUUGGAUGACAAGACAAGUUGCCUGAGGUUUACGACUGGGGUUGUCCUGCAUCACGGGUUAAAUGUGUGUAAUGGCGCCAUGUGCGAAUGGGCGCUACGCCCACCUGGACACUUAUUGGAUCACUUCUUGCGAGAAUGGUGUACGGUGCCCGACGUCGACAAGAAUCAAGUUCAAGACGAACGAGACUCGAGUGUAGGUACCAGAAGGAGAAAGGUCGGGACCAAUGUCAAGCUCAAGCUUACCACAUGCACCUGGAGGCAAGUAGCAUAUCCUACAAGGGAUGCUCACAUUGUCAAUAUGCGCCAUUUUGCGACCCUGACAGUCCGAUCUGUCAUUGGGUGGCGGGUGGCUAGGCAUCCGUCUCGGAUGAAGACGAUGGGAGAAGCACGCCGUGUCGGGCAUAGGAACCGUAUCGACGCCCGCCAGCCUUGGUUCGGCCGCAGUGAUUUAGGGCAAUGGGAGCCGAUCCCGAUCGGUUCUUGA